AUUUAUUAGUUACCAAAAUGGCAACCCUACUCGUGGACAUCAUUUCAUUUUUACUUCUAACAUGUGUUUACUCCACAGUGCCUCCACCAGAGAAUGUUCUCGAUUUAAACGGCAUAGACGCUAAGAUAGACAUACAAGCUGCAUAUGGGAACAGGCCUGGAAGCGCUACUGACACACACAGCUGUGGACAUGUCAGAGGGUUACCCAGCAUAUUGCGUAGUAGAACCCACAUGUACCCAAGUGGCCUAACGGCAUUCUACCAGAAGUAUACAGAAGCCUAUGGCAUUCCGGUCGUCAGCUCAAGCAGAGUAAGUGAUAGUGCUUUACAAAGGGCAUGUUACGUGCUUAGAUUCAUGCUAGCUGAUAGAUACGAUGUGAGAAAUGCUUUCUAUAAGAGUAGCGGUCGAGUAGCGCUGAUUGCAACUAGUGAGGGGACAACGAGUAUUCCUGAACAUAGCUACUUACCUAAUUGGUGGAACCAGCGUGCAAGGGGACUAGGGGCAACUCGAGCCAGGCCAGUAUCAUCAGCUGGUGAGGAGAAUGCGCUGUGUUUACGUAAUGACAGGUAUCCAGAUCAGGAUAUCGUUCUGCAUGAAUAUGUUCAUGCAGUCCAUAAUAUUGGAGCCACUAUAGCCAUUCGAGGAUUCCACAGUCGCCUCACUACGUUGUACAAUAGCGCUAAAGCAAGAGGACUGUGGCGAAAUACAUAUUCAAUGAGCACUGUUGAAGAAUAUUGGGCAGAAGGAGUACAAAGCUACUUCAACGUCAACAGACACAAUAACGUACCCGAUGGCAUACAGGGACCAAUCAGUAAUAGACCAGCCCUCCGAGGUUAUGAUCCGGGCCUUUACAACAUCAUUCGGGAGGUUUUCCCAUGCGAUAAUGAAUACAUAAAGCGUUGUAGGAAGAGCAGAAGUUUAGAGGCCAAUCAAGAACUGAGACAAAAUUGUAUUGGGGGAGGCGGGGUUGGUGGGACAACGACUACAGUCGAGCCGCCAGUUACGACUACUGCACCAGGAGGAAGUACAUGUGUUGAUAAUAAUGCGCAUUGUCCAAGUUGGGCACAAAAUGGCGAAUGUUCGUCCAAUCCAGGCUACAUGCUGGUAAACUGCAAGCGAAGCUGCAAUUCCUGUGGCGGCACUUGUGUUGAUAAUGAUGCUAAUUGUCAAAGCUGGGCACGAAAUGGUGAAUGCCAGUCCAAUCCUGGAUACAUGCUUGUAAACUGCAAGCUCAGCUGCAACUCUUGUGGAAGUUCCAACUGUAUCGACGCUAAUAUGAACUGCUCGUCAUGGUCACGUGCUGGAGAAUGUCAAAGAAACCCAGGAUAUAUGCACCAGAGUUGUAGGAAGAGUUGCAACAUAUGUUAAGGAGAUUGGUCAAGGUGACCAAUGGGAUUCUUUGAAAUAAAUGUUCAUGGGUGUGUGAACGUUGAAAUACA